CUCUGCUCUCACUCCUCGCUCAGUUCAACAUGGACUCACUGAACGUUCUGGUCUUUCUCGCGGUCACCUUCUUCACAGUGAAAGUUUCUCUUCAAGGGCCGGAUCAGCGCAAACUGUACAACGACCUGAUGACUGGGUACAACCCACUGGUGAGACCAGUCUCCAAUGACUCUCAGACUCUCACUGUUCAAUUUGGCCUCACCCUCAUGCAGAUCAUGGAUGUGGAUGAGAAGAACCAGGUUUUGACAACCAACAUCUGGCUACAACUGCAGUGGGAUGAUCACUACCUGCGGUGGAAUACAUCAGAGUAUGGAGGUGUGACCAAUGUGAGAUUUCCUGACCAUCUCAUUUGGAAGCCAGACAUUCUGCUGUAUAACAGUGCUGAUGAAAGAUUUGAUGCUACUUUCCACACCAACAUUUUGGUUGACUCCUCGGGCACCUGUACCUACUUACCUCCAGGGAUCUUUAAGAGCACCUGCUACAUCGACGUGCGCUGGUUCCCCUUCGAUGUCCAGAGAUGUGACCUGAAGUUCGGCUCCUGGACAUACGGGGGCUGGUCUCUGGACUUGAAGAUGUUGGAGCCGGAUAUCACCGGCUACAUCGCCAAUGGAGAGUGGGAUCUUGUUGAUGUUCCAGGACGGAAGAAUGAGCGCUUCUAUGCCUGCUGCGAGGAGCCGUACCCUGACGUCACCUUCACCUUGGUGAUGCGGAGACGGACCCUCUACUACGGCCUUAACCUGCUCAUUCCGUGUGUGCUGAUCUCCACUCUGGCCCUGCUCGUCUUCCUUCUGCCUGCUGACUCUGGGGAGAAGAUCUCACUGGGAAUUACAGUCCUGCUCUCCCUGACUGUCUUUAUGCUGCUGGUUGCAGAGAUUAUGCCCGCCACAUCAGACUCAGUGCCUUUAAUAGCUCAAUACUUUGCCACUACCAUGGUCAUUGUUGGUCUCUCAGUAAUCGCCACAGUUCUCGUCUUACAAUAUCACCACCAUGACCCGGAUGGAAGCAAGAUGCCAAAGUGGACCCGUGUGAUCCUGUUGAACUGGUGCGCCUGGUUCCUGCGCAUGAAACGCCCGGGUGAGGAGCGAGUGCGUUCAGCCUGUCACAACAAGGCUCCACGGAACAGUCUGACCAGCGUGGAGCUCAAUGCAAGCACUUCAGGCUCCCAAUCCACCAAUGGCAACGUGCUGUAUCUUGGCAUGCGUGGCCUGGAGAGCAUCCACUACUCCACAGCUGCCACCUCUUGUGACUCUGGGGUCCUCUGUGGACGGCUGGUUGGACGAGCAGGUGAGGAUGAGGUGCUCCUCCCCGCAGGUCACAGCUCCUCAGCUUGCAGGGUGGAACCAGAGCUGGCCAAGAUCCUGGACGAGGUGCACUUUAUUGCCAAGCGCUUCCGUGACCAAGACGAGGACGAGUUAGUGUGCAACGAGUGGAAAUUUGCAGCGUCUGUUAUCGACAGGCUUUGUCUCAUGGCUUUCUCCCUCUUCACUGUCCUUUGCACUAUUGGGAUCCUCAUGUCAGCACCCAACUUUGUGGAGGCCAUUUCAAAAGACUUCUUCACUUAAAGGGGAACACCACCCAAAUAAAGAAUUAAUGGCUUAGGAAAGUUCAAUCAAUGCAAUGUACCCAAUGUUUGCGUACAUGAGCUACUCCCUCUCAAAGCCAGAAACCAGAGAAGUAAGUCUCAAACUUGUGAUCAUGGAGUGUGAAGUCUAGAACUGCUCCCUAGAUAAUGAUUGAAAGAAAAAAAAAACAUUUUAUUUUUUAUACCCAAAUGAGCUUUAUUCUAUUGUAGUACUCAGUUCUGAGACAGAAAAUGAACCCAUACAUUCAGAAGGUUCCCCUGGGUGCUGUUAGUGUCAUCUUUAACAUCUUUCCCAAUUCAUUGUCUACGGAGCACUUCUGGACUUCAUACUUGAUAACAUCACAAAUAUGAGUUUCUAAUUUUUAUAAUUGGGAGAGAGUUGUUCAUGUUUGCUAACAUCUGUGGACUUUCUUAGACCAUAGGAACUACAUGUAUGAAUUCUAAAAAGGUAACCUCAUGGGGAGGUAAUUUGGAUACAGUUAAGUAUAUUAGCAUGGGACUUGUACAUCACCAAAUAUUUAACCAUACUUAACUCAAAGUUAAAUUGAGGACUUCAGGUAAAAUGUAAUGCAUAAAAAGUUGAAUUCAUACCUACAUUAUGGUGGUGUAAAAUGACCAGCCUUUGACUUUAUAUUACACAGCUUUUUUGUUUUAAAGAAAAACAUCUAAAUGUGAUCUCUUGUAAGGUUUUAAAAUUAUUUAAAACAAAAUACUGGUACGAGCUAUAUGCUGUAAUAGCAUUGUUUAAGUAUUGUUAUUUGCUAACAAUGCAUGCAGCUGUGUUUUUUUUUUUAUGUAACCUGUGUAUUAUUGUUCAUUACAAUGCAUCUAUUCUCAGAUCUACUCCAUAUUAAACCAGUUAUCUUGUAUUGAAAUGCAUUUGUUGUACUCAUAGAUCCAAAGCAGUUAUAAGAUGUCGUAAUUUACUUUUCCUAUACAAAUUAUUGUCCUACGCAUAACCAUGUUCUUCCUUGGUCUUACUUAUUGAUUGUUGCUUUUUAUUUUUAUUUUUAUUAAAGGGGCGCUAUGCAGUUUUGGCCAUUUCUUGGCAGGCUUUUCAGACCUUUUCACAGAUGUAAACAUAAACAUUCUAUAGUAUGGACCCAAGUUGAUUUCCUGUUGCAGUGUACAGUAUGUGACAACUGACAGGAAGGUAACAAGGGGCCAGACUGUUGCCUAGCAAUGGAAUUCCAUUGAAAAGAUCUACAGAGCUCCUCAUACAGCUUAGGAAUAGAUAUUUGGCAGCUCCUAUGUUUACUUGUGUCUGACUCCUCGCUCUCAAUCUGAAGUUUCCUCUUUCUCUGUUCCUCUGACAGUGCUUUCCUACGUUUCUUUUUUGCCAGCUCGGACUUGAUGAUAGUGUGAAAAACUCUGAAAAAAAUCCAUUGCUACCUUGUUAGUCGGUUCCUUAAUGGGCAUGUGUGUGCAGUACCGUGAAGCAAUUUAUCACAUCGUGACACCUGACAUCACGCGAUACUUCCUGAUGCUGAGUCCGGCGACUCGCCAGCCAAAAGUUGCGAGGGUGGAUUUUCUGCACAGAAGCGCUAGGGGGGAACAAGAUGACCACCGUUUAACCCGGAAAAAAAGUAGUGCAACCAUUCCAAUGACUCAAAAGCUGUUCCGUCAAGGUAUAAAGCUAAAAAAAAAAUCUGCAUAGUUCCCCUUUAAUGAAUGAAAACUGUAAGAUCAAAAUAAUUUUGUAUGAUGCUUAUUGUUGUACUUUGACACAUUCACAUAUAAAUGUAUUUUUUCUAUUUGAAAAUGGGGACACCAUAUAAAAAUGUUCUCCUGCUUCACAGAACUAUGUAUUGUACACUAGUAUGCU